AUGCAAGCGCCGAGUUCAGGGCAAUAUCGAUCUGCUUGUUGGAGGGAACCUUGCCGUUGGAGAAUGCUGUCUUAUCAUUAGCGCUCUCAUACUUCUGUGAACAGCUGUUGAAUCAGCUACAUACCUUGGAAGAUCCCGUAGAGCUGAAGCUUGUUGUUAACAUCAGCCUCCUUCUGCUUUACGUCCACCGGUCCUGGUCGGAGUCAGUCCCUGAUCCAUUCAUGCGCAGUGACAGCUUUCAAGGUCGUGCUGAAUGCGCGCUCACGUGCUGCCAGCCUGUUUUGAAAGACUGCGGGGUUACUCACGAUUGACCGCCUUUCCUGUAGACAUGAUGUUCUGUGUUCUUGGGGUAUCAAAUGGGUAUCAAAUAAAACAAGUGCAAUUGAAACAAUGGAAUGGGUUGAAAGUAUUGUGCGGUUGUUUGGGGUAUCUGGUGGGGUGUGAUGUGAAUGAGGCGAGAGAGGAGGAAAGCGACUUUAUUGUUUGGCGUGACGCGAGCGUCUUCUGCUUGGGUCUUUCCAUACGUCAUCAGCCGUCACCUUUGUACAGUGGCCAAGGCAAGUGCCAUUGGCCUAGGCGCACCAACGAUUUACGAUCCUGCCGCGGGGCUUCAAAGAGGAGUGCUGGCCCCACCUGGUUCGUUCAAUUCCUUGAAUUCAACUGUGAACAGCUUGUAAUGUUUUGUGGAGCUCGUAGGACAUCAUGAGACAUCUGACCGAAGCUCCGAAAGGUUCUGCACGCAGGCUUGCGCUUCAAACCAGCACCCCGAUCACACAGUGCACACAGGAUGUACACAUUGGGCAAUGGAGCCAUCGCCCAAUUUU